AUGCUAGGUCCGGUGACUGAUGAAGUGUUGAUAACACGCGCUGUGGCGGGGUCCAACAGCGCGUGGAAUAAAUUAAUCAAGAGGUAUGAAAAACGCGUGUACAACUACGCUUUAAGAAUGGUGAGCCACCCUGAUGACGCUUUUGACCUGAUGCAGGAAGUGUUUGUCGGUGUACAUCGCAACCUCGGCAGUUUCCGCGGUGACGCACCCUUCCCUGCCUGGUUGUUCCGCAUCGCCAGCUUUCGCUGUACAGACUAUCUGCGGCGACGCAAAUUCCAUGACGAAUUUGAUGAAGAAAGAGGAUUUCUGAACGCUGAAGCAGGCCCGGAGGAACAAACCUUUACCACCCACGCAAACCAGAAAAUAAGCGCUGCGCUGGGCACCCUGCCUGAUGAACAGCGUCAGGUUGUAGAACUCAAAUUUUUUCAACACUUCACCUUUGAAGAUAUCGCAGGCCAGCUUGGCAUAUCCGCCAAUACAGCCAAAACACGACUGUACAUUGAAGUUGAGACUCACCUGGAAAGCUGCGCUGAUUGCCAGUCUGACUUCGAGGCCAUCAACAUGCUGUCUAACAUGGCAGAAAACUGGCAUGACGAAACCGUACCGGCCUGGCAGCCAGCCCCGGUGACCAGCAACCAUAACUGGCUGGACAAUUUCCGUUUGUGGUUCCCUACCGCAGCCAGCACCGCUGCGCUGGCAGUCGCCACCAUGAUAUUUGUGCAGAUGCCCGAGAACAGCGGCGUAUUGCCGGCUUCCAGCCAGCCCCUGAGCAGUUAUCAGGAAUUGCCUGAGCUGCCUCAAGCGACACAGGCGGCCAUGGUCGAAAGAGUCAUGGAAGGCAGCCGCGAGCAGCGUCAGGAAGAACUGCAGGUGUUACUGCAAUACCUGAAGGCCGAAAUGGAUCGCCGCACUAUCGAAACAGAAGAUUCCCUGCGUUUUGUGAUCACCAACCAGUUGCAGGGGCAGCAGGAACUGGAUGAGCUGUAUCAACAGGUUAAAGACCUGGUCACAACCGCUGAUCGCAAUCCUGCAGCCACGCCGGGCACCGGCAGUGAUGCUGCAGAAGAAGGAGUUGAUAAUCUUACUGACAUCACGCGGGAGGCCAAAAUUGUUGCUGACGUGAUGAAAUCCGCGCUUCGUAAUGAGCUGAAGAGCGGAAUUCGUGUCACCAGUGUCACCGCCGAAUAUCUGGCCAAACAGGGGGUGCUGGUUUCCGUGCGGCUGAAUGCGCCCUGGCUGACCAUCAACAAUGGCGACACCGCCAUUGCCAUCAACGGCCAGAUCAACCUUGAUGAGAUACCUUCGAUGGUGGAAAACAUUCUGUCUGACCUGCAGAUCGAUUUAUCACCCUAUGAACCAGAGUCAUUGGAAACUCUGCGCGAGCUACGCGCUGAGCAGCGCGACCUGCGCCUGGAACAGCGUGAUAUCCGCGCUCAGCUACGCACCCAGCGGCGGGAACUGGUGCGCGCAGACUCUAACGACGAGCAGCAGAAGGUGCAGCGGCAAAUUGAAAACCUGGAACGUGAAUUGAUUGCUGUUGACACGCAGUACGACGCCCUCGCCAAGGACAUCGAUAUUCAAUACAAGUCUCUGCGCGACUACCGCGAUCGCAUAGACACGCCGGAAACGCCUGCUUCGCCUGCUUCGCAAAGUGCGGACAUCGACGCAUUGAUUGCACGGACCGUUUGCGAUUACGGCGCCACCUUAAAAAGCUUAGGCUCUGAAGACUUCCUGACCGUUGCACUGCGGCGUGAGAACAGCACGCGUUAUUAUGCUUUCAAAAUGGAUUAUGUAGACAGCUGCGGUCGCGGUGAUAUGGGUUUUGAGCGGCUGCAGGAGAGAGCCUAUACCUACGACGGUUAA